CACUCCAUUGUGCUCAACUGCAGACCAGCGACACACACUGUCCCUAUCAUGGAGUCGCAGGUGAUGACCAAUCCUGAGGAAAUUGCCAGGCUCUACAGAGAACUGAGCCUCUUCCCUUCGUUAAGCAGAGCCGAUGUGGGACCUGUUAUCACUUCUCAGUAUGGAGGCAAAUACAGCAACAUCUAUACAGAAUGGAGCCAGCGUGAUCUGGACAGGAACGAGAGUGUCAAGUUUUGCAGACAGUACAUUGUGUUCCACGAUGACAAGUCGGUGGUAUACUCUGGAGCCUCAGGAAACUGCACUGAGAUCAAAGGAGAGGUACUAUGUAAGGAUUCCCCCUCAGGUGAAAUGAAGGCUGUCAUCAGAGAGUGCACCAUCAAAGGAGAGGACAAACAGUUUCUGGAGAUCUGGAGUAAAAACAUCAAGAUGAAGAGCAUCAGUCUAACAGCCUUAAAGAAGCAUGGCAAAGUCUAUGAAGAUGACCAGUUUGGCUGCUUGGUUUGGUCCCACUCUGAGACCCACCUCUUGUAUGUGGCAGAAAGGAAGAGGCCAAAGACAGAAUCCUAUUUCCAGACGGAGCCAUCAGAAUUGUCUUCUCUUGGGGACGAGGACGAGACCAUCCGAGGGGAGAAAAAGGAGGCUGUGAAAGGGGAGCAGUUUGUCUUCCAUGAGGACUGGGGAGAAGCGCUGGUCAGUAAGAGCUGCCCAGUGCUUUGUGUUUUGGACAUUGAGGGUGACAACGUCUCUGUGCUGGAAGGAGUGCCUGAAAAUAUCUCACCUGGACAGGCAUUUUGGGCUCCAGGUGACACAGGUGUGGUGUUUGUAGGCUGGUGGCAUGAGCCUUUCAGACUUGGCCUCAAGUAUUGCCCUAACAGGAGGUCAUCUUUGUUCUAUGUGGACCUCACUGGUGGAAAAUGUGAGCAGCUGACAUCAGGCGACAGUGCAGUGUGCUCCCCCAGGCUGAGCCCAGACCAGUGUCGGAUUGUCUACCUGGAAUUUUCUGUCUUUGGACCACACAUGCAGAGCGGCAGGCUCUGUAUGUAUGACUGGUAUACUAAGAAGACCUCCGUGGUGGUGGAUGUGGUGAAGAGACCUCGAGAGGAUGGCUUUACAGGUAUCUACACCUCUCAGCUGUCCCCUCAGUGCUGGUCAGCUGAUAGUCAGCGUAUUAUUUUUGCUUGUCCUCAGCGCAGCCGCAAGGAUUUGUUGAUGGUGGAUACGAGCACAGGAAGCGUCACCUCUCUGACUUCAAAGUCUGAUGUUGGUAGCUGGUGUCUGCUGAACAUAGAGAGAGAUAUGAUGGUGGUCAGUUGCUCCUCUCCAAACUACCCUCCAAGUCUGAGGGUGGGUUUUCUCCCAGCCAGGGAUUCUCAGGAAAAAGUGGUCUGGGUUACUUUGGAAGAAUCACAGAUAGCGCCAGAUAUCGAUUGGCAGAUCUUGACUUUCACCCCUCCCCCGGAGCAAGACAAUAGUCAAUACCCCGGCCUUGAUUUUGAAGCUUUGCUGAUCAAACCAAAGGAGGUUAAAGACGGAGUGAAGCUGCCUCUUAUUGUCACUCCUCAUGGGGGUCCUCACUCUGUCUUUGUAGCUGACUGGGCUCUGUCCUCGUCUGUGCUGUGCAGGAUGGGCUUUGCUGUAUUACUGGUGAACUAUCGUGGCUCUCUUGGAUACGGCCAGGACAAUAUCCUCUCAUUACCUGGCAAUGCUGGCACCCAGGAUGUCAAAGAUGUUCAAUUUGCUGUUGAAAGUGUUCUUGAAGGCGAUGAGUUCGACACACAGAAGGUUGCAGUCGUCGGGGGCUCUCAUGGGGGUUUCCUGGCCUGUCACCUGAUUGGCCAGUACCCAGGGUUCUACAAGGCCUGUGCAGCUCGCAACCCUGUCACUAAUUUAGCCUCUAUGAUUGGCAGCACAGACAUCCCAGACUGGUGCAUGUUUGAGGCUGGCUACAACUACAGUACAGACUGUCUGCCUGACCCUGCUGUUUGGGAACAGAUGCUACAAAAGUCCCCAAUUAAACACAUCCCACAGGUACAGACACCGGUAUUGCUUACUUUAGGGGAAGAUGACAAGCGUGUGCCCAGCAAGCAAGGAAUUGAAUAUUACAGGGCUCUGAAAGCAAAGCAGGUCCCAGUCCGGUUGCUGUGGUACCCAGGGAACAAUCACUCUCUCUCCAAGGUGGACGCUGAGUCUGAUGGCUUUAUGAACAUCGCUCUGUGGAUAGUUCAACACUUGUAUCAGUGAUGGUAAAUAUCAUUUAAAUGCAUGGUGGUGUGCCAAUGCUGUUGCAGGACACCACUGUGUGUAAGGGAUGUUCUGCUCCUGUUUUCAGGACAGUGUGAGGUCCAAUCCAAAGCCAAAGCAUUGAAACAGCUCUCCAACCAGAGCACACUCUGUAUAACUCCUUUACUUGUAAUCCAUCUGCCGCUAUUGCCAUAACUACUUCCAAUAAGUUAAAGGGGGGGUGGGGGGGGUGACAUUUUAACACAGCGGUUGAAUGAAAGCAGUUUUGAUUAAUCAGAAACACAUUUUAUCGAUACAGGUUUUCUUUGGUCAUAUCUAGAUAAACACAGAAAAUAAAGGGCUUUUUUGGAGUGUUAGUUGUGUUUGAGGUUAUAUACAGGAAAAUUAUUUCAUAAUCAGUCUUUUCUGUGAUAGCUGUUACAGUUUGGUUUAAAAAAAAAAAAAAAUCUUUAUAAUUUCAGUUUUCAUAAUACAGUGCACUUAAUAAAGUGAUUGUGAAAUAUA